AUGAAGUACUUACCUACCACGAAGAACCACUACAACAACCAACCUCGUUGUCUCACCAAGUACUGUUCGGCUGUGGGCCUGUACUUAAAGCUAUUCAGAAUCAAGCAUCGACGACUUAUCAACUACUUGUUGGUUCUGUUUUUGUUCUUGACGUUGUUUCUCCAGCUCAAGUUGUUUCUCAACGAAUACAACAGAAUAAGCUCACACGACUCGAACAAAACCAACACUCCCAGAGAUAAGAGCUCUCCAAUCUCAAAAUUGGCUAGAAACUCGCAGUACAGACAGACUCAGUUAAUAGGUUUUGCUCAACCAUACCUCUUCAACAGCGAAUUCAACAAAAACAACAAUGAGCUAGAUGCCAAAGUCUACAAUAAUCUCAAAGAGAUUUCAACAUUUAACAAUACUAUCCAGGUUGCUAAAACAAUACUUACGUUAUCUCCUAGUUUAAAGACCUAUCGAAACCAAUUGAUCAAAUACUAUCCAUCGUUUACUAAAGCCUUUGAUGAUAAGCCAUUGAAUUCAGAAGCUGAGAUCAUCUCAAAAAACUGGUAUGAAUUCAAUGGUGGUUCAAUCUUUCUAAGUAUUCUCAAUUGCCAUUUCAUGGUCAGCAGAAUAAAUUACUCCAAAAGCUCGAAGAAAAAUCUUCCAUUUAUCAGUUUUUUGGGAUUUAAAUUGAUCGAUAGAAACUUCAAUGAAAUCAGAGAAAACUUCAAAUUCAAAUAUGGUCCAAAUUCACAUCAAAUCAGUAAUAUGAUCAAUUUCCCAUCAAUCCAUCCCAUUCCAAAUACAUAUUUCAGUAUUGAUCAGCAACAGCAACAGCAACAUGGUUCAUAUGGACCACAAGAUUUGAAGAUCAUAAUCAAAGAGAGCUAUUACGAAUUUUACUACAAUGGAGAAAAGAUCAGAACAAUUAAAUAUGAAGAGCCAUUAAUCAUAUUCAACAUGAAAACUGAUGAGAGUUUUUCAUUCAACAAUAUGAUUCAUGGUUAUUUGCCAUUUCAAAAUAAAAAAAUUGUAUUUACUAUAGUCGACAACAAACUAAGAAAACAAUCAGGAAAAACCUGGUCUCCCUUUUUUGAUAGUGCAUUUAAAAAUGUCAUUACGAUCAAUGUUAAUGAUCCCCAAAUUAUUCAUGAAUUCGAGAAUCAAAGAGGCUCGCUCAAUGAUAUCAAAUUUGAUUUUAAAUUCACAAAUGGAUACAUAAAUUUCGUGUACUCGUUAAAUCCCCUAAGAAUAUUGAAAUGUAAUUUGGAUACAGGAAAUUGUGGCUUCAUUCACCAAUCAAUUGAUUCAGCACAUUUGGAUAAUUAUUCCAACCAAAAUAGAGAAAUUGAAAGUGGAACAUCUCUAGUUGAACUAAAAGUACCAAAAAAGGCUUUUACUCACUUGGAACUUGAUAUGAGAAAAAUCGAGCAGAAUUUAAAUAAAUACACCAUUUGGGUUGGGUUUUCCAAAACUCACCUUUAUGAUUGUGGCUGUUCAUCGCAAACUUACAGACCAUCAUUAACAGUUUUGUUUAAAGAAAGAGGAACUUCCAAUUACAAAACUGAGCUAUUCUCAAGCAGCAUCGAUUUCAAUUUGAAUGUAGCUUCUUGGGAUGCCACUAGUAACCAAUCCUGCGAGGGUCCUUUUAAUCUGUUGGUUCCAAACAGCAUAUCCUAUUGGGAUGCCAAAGAGGAUAUAAAUGCCAAUGGUGAAUAUGAGUAUGAGGAUUACAUGGCAGUUGCAAUCUCUGAAGCAGACUCAAACAACAUUGUUGUCCAUCUCAAAGGAAUUUUGAAAUACUUAUUACAACUUCCAUUCUUUCAAAAGGAAGACACUCUCUUACACACGAAACUUGAUAGCUCAUUGCUAAUGGACUUUUCUCUUCGCGAGUCAGCCAAAUACUGUGAGGAAUAUGGAAGAAACAAUGGAGGAAGAAUACCCUCGACCACCAAAAGAAAGAGUGACAUAUAA